AUGGCUUCCCUGGAGCGUUCAGGUACAGAACUCAAGGUCAAGAUUACUAUCAUUCCUAGCACAUCCAGCAAGUUCCAAGAAGGAUUCAAGAUAAAUGACGCCAAGAGUAUGAACUACACUUCCUCGAAAGCCGGCAUCCUCCCGUGGACUCCAUUUCCCAGCGGCCUCAGCGGCUGCCCCGCCCCCUCCUGGUCCCUGGCGCGGCGCGGGGUGAGCGGCGCGGGGCCUGAGGUCGCCCAGACGCCGCCGGGGCGGAGCCGGGUCGCGAGCCUGCAGUCCGGCCCGGCGGUUCCGGAGCCUCCCGCCUGCAGAGUGCGGCCGGGGAGGCGCGGCCCGGGAACGCCUGAGCUUAGGGAGGUGAGCGGCGGAGGCGGGCCAGGCCGGGAGGAGGCGGCACCCGGCGCGGGGACGGCCUGCAGCCGCCGGGGCUCAGAAAGCCUUUGUGGGCGCUGGCGGGCACCCCCGCGUCUGUCACCGGCCCCCGCGCCGGGACCUGGACUCUCGCACCUCCGCUGGGCGUUCCCUCGCCGCGGCCGGUGCAUCCGCGUCCAACUCGCCGCAGCCCGCCGUGGACGCGGGGCCUGGUGUUUCCUCCCGGGCCCGCCCAGCCCACUCCGUGUGGGCCUCGUGGAGUCGGGGCACCGGGACCCCGAGGGCAGGGCGGACGCAGCCGGGCCCCGGUUUCCGAGCCCGUCCCCAGGACGGCCACCCCUCGCCUCCCGCCUCGGGACACCCAGUGCUUUCCUCUUCAAAGCCGUUUUCUGGCCGGGCGCGGUGGCUCACGCCUGUAAUCCCAGCACUUUGGGAGGCCGAGGCGGGCGGAUCAGGAGGUCAGGAGAUCGAAACCAUCCUAAAACGGUGAAACCCCGUCUGUACUAAAAA